CGUCUCUUCUCCCACAUCUGCUCAAACGCAUCGGCCAGAUCCCAGGCGCCAAUCUCCUCCGCGUCUUGGAACUUGAGGAACUCGUUGCCGCCGUGGCCGGUCAUGUAGACUAGAAUGUUGGAGCGGUCGUCGGUGAGGAGACGUUUGGACCGGGGCAUCUCCUCGCCUACGCGGUCGGUGAGAAGGCGGAUGAAGUUCUCGACUGUGACCUCGUAGCCGCGGUAGUCGACCUCGAUGUUGACGGCCCAGUUGGAGGUGUGCUCGGCGAGGGAGGGGCCGGCCAGGAGGAAGGCGGGGAGGAGGAGGGAGGAGAGCUUCAUCUUGGUGGUGUUGAUGAUGUUGGUGGGUAGGUCGUGGUGUUGUGGCAAAUGAGUGGACGAUGGUCGGGAUUCUUGAGUUGGGACGAGUCUCAGGCGGAUGGAAACAUUGACGCCCGAAACAAAAUCACCUGUUCUGGUGAUAUCCGUAUCUGGUGGUUGUGGUUAUUUUCUUCUGUCGACGUUCAACGCCAUGCCAUCAGUCAGUCAGCCAAGCCAGGGGGACGUUAGCAUUGGAGCCGACACACGUCGCGGUCGUUUCAUAGUGCCAAGGCCAAUCUAACAGAUGGCCAAGCAUUACAUAAGCCAUUCCUUUCUCUUUCACAGAUCUUAAACCGGGGACGGAGAUUUCUCUCUGGCUCUGGGGCGGGAACACCUGUGAAACACGAGCCCAGCCCCACAAGCCUUUGUGCCCACGGUGUCUUAGCGCAACAGCGGUGCUAGGAUUUGCCGAACGCCGAACUUGGGAACAGGGGUGGUUUUACCAUAGCUCCAGGCCCAGAGCGGCCGGCCUCGUUUUUUGCUGCCCCAGAAGUCAGCAGGAAGAGAAGAAAAAAAAAAGGCGAGGCCAUUGAUCACACGUCCCGAUCUUUGUGGGGAAGAGGUCGGAGCAUGUGACGACGUGAGGACACUUUUCCGGCAGCCCAAGCAGCAACCAGACCGCGGGGCAACAAUUGGAGAACUGGCCCCCAGUGCCCCGUACCAACAGCAGCACCUUUGACUGACAUUGACACCAAGCACAACCUGAGCCCUUCACCUGAGCAGGUGCAUACAUCUCAUAACUACCUAGCAUUGCUUCGCAUCGCAUCACAGCACCCACGCCAUUACCUACUGCUAUUCGUAACCAAAAUCAACCUGGAAGCCGCGCCAUCAGUUAGCUGCCCUGCACGGCGGUUGGCUCGAGGAACAGGCUGCAUCACCCAGCAUCAGCCAUCCGCGCCCCCCCCCACAGUCCAGUCCACACACAUAGCCCGGCCAUCGCAUCGACACCCCAGCGACAAACAAACCGGCCCGCGAACCAAAACCUACAACUACAAGCCUCUCCCUCUUUCCAGCUCCGUCUCCUCUCCAACUCCCCUCCAAACACCUUAGCAGAUCAGCCAGACUUCUAUUUAACCAACAACGGCUCGACACAAGCCCCCCCUCUUUAGCCCAUACACUAUCCUGCGGCAGUUGUCGAUCUAGUAACUUUAUCCCCGCUUUCCCCACGGUUGCUCGACCCAGGAUCCCGUCUCCAACCCCACAUCGUGACGUUCUUAGUCGGCGAGAAUCUCCACGGCCUCUCCGGUGGUAGUACUCAUAAGGGUCUAUUCUGGUGGACACUUGUCCAACGGCUUUCCACACUUUCACCUGCAGCAAACAGUCAAAACAGCAAUUUAUCAUCAUGGGGCGCCCACCGGCGUACCUGUUCGUGGUGAGACACGGGUACCGGCUAGAUGCUGCCGACAAGCAGUGGCAUCUCUCAUCGCCGGCUCCUUACGACCCACCUCUCACUUACAGCGGUUGGCAGCAAUGCAAGAAUCUGGGUAGCCGAAUUGCCUCGAUUCUUCAGGAAAGAGUAAAGGAAGACGAGCUUGAGGCGAGGAUGAAUCCAGAUCCAAACAGGAAGCGAAAACGGUACAAGGUGGUCUUGCACAGUUCGCCGUUUCUUCGAUGCAUCCAGACUUCAAUCGCUAUUGGCGCGGGACUGGCACAGGACUCGACCCCCUUUGGACCUCCCGAUCUGGACUCGCGGCCGCCCACUCCCCCUCCCGCACUCGAGGGACGACCACGGCCACCAAAUAUCAUUACUGACCCGCCACAGAAACCUGUCAAAAUUCGAAAGUCUGUUUUACGACUGGACGCAUUCCUUGGAGAAUGGCUUUCGCCCACCUACUUCGAACUCAUCACCCCACCCCCCGAGUCUGUUAUGAUGCUUGCUUCUGCCAAGUCAGAGCUCCUUAGACGGGAAGAUUAUAGUCACUACCCACCCUUCAGUGGCCAUCACCAUUCCAAUUCCCAAGGUCACCUCUGGAGUCCGACAGGUCGACCAAGCCCGGCUUCACCACCUAGUGACGGAGGAUAUGAUAGCCUUGGGAGUAUGGUUACCCUGAAUAACGCUUUGCCUAGGAGUCCCAGCAUCGGCAGCCAGAGUAGCAUAACGAGCAGCCUGAGCACGAGACCCUCUACUCCUAAAAUCGAGCUCGGCGUCCACGGAUACGUGUCGCCGGUGCCACACUACGCUGUUAGCAACAACAACACGAUCCCACCAGGCUAUGUGGCUCAUGCCAAGGAUGCGUGUGUAAAGGUCGACUACCAAUGGGACUCCAGAGGACCCCCUCUGGACUGGGGUGAUGGUGGAAACUUCCCAGAGGAGUGGGCCAGCAUGCACAAGAGGUUCCGCAGUGGCGUCCAGAAGCUGGUUAACUGGUAUACGACGGCGGAACAUCCCACCGAUAUGGUGACGAAGUUUGCUUUUCAGCCUGUUAGGAGAGGAUCGGAUGGCACCGACUCUGAAGAUGAUGUCGAGACGGAGGCGGUUGUCAUCAUGGUGUCUCAUGGUGCUGGCUGCAAUGCUUUGAUCGGGGCGAUUACUCAUCAGCCUGUGCUCAUGGACGUCGGCAUGGCCUCCUUGACCAUGGCUGUACGGAAACCCGUGGUUCAUGAUGUGGACACUACCAACGCCAACGACCUGCCGCCUGUACAUCAGUUGUAUGACCUCAAGUUGUUUGCGAACAGUGAUCACAUUAGAUCGCCGCCUACAACACCCAACCCUUCCCGAUCUCCCUCAGUCUCGGUGGCCAGUGUUUUGAACGGUCCUCGAGGGCGGCACAUGUCGUUUUCUUCAACUUUGAGCAACUUUUCCUGGAACGACAACAACAACUCCCGUGGGUCGUCGGCAAAUAUGGCUCUGAAUGGGCUUAGAAGGACCACUUCGAACACAUACAGCAGCACACCAACAACUGGCAGCAAGCUCUCUUAUGGUAUCAACAGCGGAGGAGGCAUUACUGUUGGGAGUGGCGUCACUUCUUUCACGGCAAACAAGGGGUCGACCUUUGGGCAUAGGCCGUCGAUCGGUCUCUGGUCUCCAAUCUCUUCUCAGCCGGAAGAGGACGAAGAUGACGAUUUCUUGUUGCCCAACUUUGGCGAUGCGGACCGGAAGCCAGCUUCGUCCGAGACGCCAGAGCAGGUGGAUGGUGCAGCAACCCCUACCCCUGUUCCUGGCACUACCAACAACCUGGAUUCGUUCAACCUCUCUGUUAGUCCUAGAGGGACUACCGAAAGGAUCCCCACCCCAUCAUUUUCUCCCGUCACGACUCCCAAGGCGGAAUCGUCGGAGCAGCUCGGGGAUGGGCCUGGCGGGCUGUGGGGUGGCAACGGACCCAGGCCCCCUGAGGAUGCAGAUCGGUUGAGAGAUACCAGCUGUACAAAGAGACGAUGGACUGUCACUGAGCGGAGUUGACGACUCGGGAGAAUAUUGGAAACACCCCUGCAAUGAGCACGAGUUUGUUUGUAUCAUUUCCCUUUUGUUGCUGUUUUUUAUCAUAGCGUUGUUCAAAAAUUGUCUGGUGGAACUUGAGAUGAGAGAGCGUUGUAUUUUCUUCUUGGACUAUUCACUUCGUUGAUACCUGGCUGUGAGCUAUUUUGAGGACUACUGACUUGUUUGACUUAUCUGUACUUUUAACUUGGAUAGGAUGGUGAGAAGGGGUACAUGAAAAGGAGGAGGGAGCGGGGGAGAGGGAUGAUUGCAUGGUGAUGGGAUUGGAUAGCGAAAAAGUUUGUUUGGGAUUUUGCUUGGGGUUGAAUAGGUACCUAGUUUAUGAUGGUAGCAAUAUGGAUGUAGUAAUUAUUUGCCCUUGUCUCCGCUUGUGCUGGUGGGGGGUUUGUGAGUGAGUGUGGUGAACUAUCGUCCGAUGUUCUGGGUGUAUCUAGCCGGAUUGAUCUAGG